UCCCCACGAGGCACAUGCCAGCUAGAGAAGCCUUUGGUUUCCAUCCUGAUCUACCCGUGUAAGGACGAGAUGUCCAGGCGUAUGGAAGCCGCUCAGGCUCCACGGGCAGCGGCCGCCGGCGCGUCCCUGUGCUCCCCAGAUGUCCCGGACAUCGGCGCUCAGCGAAAUGCCGGAUGAAAUCAAGCGAAACACCAUUUCCCCUUUUCAGGGCAAAACAAAACAGAACAAAACUGCAAGGGUUUUUUCCCUCCCCUCUGAUCCUCUUUCCCCAAACAAAUUUUAGCUUGCUUUUGACUUCACCCUGAUGCUGGUUCAGUACUUUUUCUUGCUGAGAAAAUGCAGAACUCAUACAGAGACCCUGGGGCGGAAAAAGCGCAUUUCUCUCAUUUCGUGGGAAGGAGCCUCUCCGGAGCCCAAGCUCUCGGCGCCCCGCGGCUCUCAGGCGGGAUCCAGCAUCGGGGCCGGCGCCAUCGCCAUCACCAUGCCCGCCGCCAACUGCUCGGCGCCCAGCGCGGCCGUGGAGGUGACCGUGGGCGCGCUGCUCGUGCUGGAGUGCGCGCUGGGCCUCCUGGGCAACGCCGUGGCGCUGUGGACCUUCUGCUUUCGCCUGAAGGUGUGGAAGCCCUACGCCGUCUACCUGCUCAACCUGGCUGCCGCUGACCUCCUGCUGACCUUCUGCCAGCCCUUCCACGCCGCCUUCUACCUGAGAUGCAAGACCUGGCCCUGGGGACGCACGUCGUGCCAAACCCUGCUCUUCCUGCGCGUCCUCAGCCGCGGGGUGGGCGUCGCCUUCCUCGCGGCCGUGGCUCUGGACCGCUACUUCCGCGUGGUCCACCCUCGGCUGAAGGUCAACCUCCUGUCCCCGCGGGCCGCCUGGGGGGUGUCAGGCUUCGUGUGGCUGCUGCUGCUCGGCCUCACCCACCAGAGCCUGUUCGCCUCGGAGGCUGCGUGCCCGGGUCCAGAGCCCCGGGGAGGCGCGUCCUUGAGGCUGCUCUGGCAGGAAGCCCUGCAGUUUAUCCUCCCCUUCGGCCUCAUCCUGUUCUGCAACGCCGGGGUCAUCAGGACCCUCCGGAGGCGCCUGCGAGAGCCGGGCAGACAGCCCAAGCUGCGGCGGGCCCGGGCGCUGGUGGCGGUGGUUGUGGUCCUGUUCGCACUGUGCUUUCUGCCCAGCUUCCUGGCCCACGCGCUGGUGGCCAUCUUCCGCGGCACGGACAGCUGCAGGGUCCUGGGAGCGAUGAUGCACAUGUCCGACGUGGCCAAUGGCCUCAGCUACCUGCAGAGCGUGCUGAACCCGGUGCUGUACUGCUUCUCCAACCCCGCCUUCAGAUGCUCCUACCGCAAGGUCUUCAACACCCUCAGAGGCCGCGGCAGGGAAACCGAGGCCCCGGCGGACAUCAGAGAUUCCUACUCCUGAGGCUGGCCAGCCCUCCAGGGCCCAGGGGCAUGGGAAGGGCGGGGAUCUGAGCGCUGACGACCGGCGGGGA